AUGGUCAAUUUAAUAUUGAAUCAGAUAACAAAAAGCAUGAAUAAUCAGGAUAAUAUUAGAAAUAUUUGUGUAUUUGCAAAUAUGGAUCAUGGUAGAUAAACUAUAAUAGAUCAAUUACUUAAUAAAGCUGGCAUUAAUCUUAUUGAUUAAUCUAAAGAAGCAAUAAUUAUUAAUAAUACUACUCCUACUAACUUAUCAUUGUAUUAUGAAUUCGAAAAUUAAUCUAAUGGUGUAAUAUAAUAAUAUCUAUUCAAUUUAAUCGAUUUUCCCAGAUUACCAAAUUUUAAUUCUGAAACCAUCUUAUCAUCAUUGAGAGUAUCAGAUGGAAUCUUAAUAAUUGUAGAUUAUAUAGAAGGAAUUAGUACAUCAACAGAAUCCCUAUUGAGAAUGUGUAUGAAAGAGAAAGUCAAACCUGUGUUAAUGGUGAAUAAAUUAGAUAGAGCUAUUUUAGAAUUAUAAUAGGAUAGUGAAACUAUUUAUAAUACUCUAGUCUAAAUAAUAGAACAAAUAAAUAUGAUCAUAUUUGGAUACUAAUAAGAUGACAUGGGUGAUCUAUUGAUAAAACCAGAAUAAGGAACAGUAUCAUUUGGAUCAGGAAAGGAUGGUUGGGCAUUAACAUGUACUAAAUUUGCUGAAUUUUAUGCUUCUAAAUUUAAUACAGAAUCAAAAAAGUUAUAAGAAAAGUUUUGGGGAGAAAAUUACUUUGAUUCUGAAACUAAAUGCUGGGUUAAUGAGAAUUAAAGUAAUAUUGGUAAAGAAUUAAAAAGAACAUUUGUAUAAUUUAUUUUAGAUCCAAUUUGCAAAAUGGUUAAGGCAAUAAUGGAUGGUAACAUUUAAAUUGUAAUUAAAAUGUUGAAUGUAUUAGGAUUAUAAUUAAAUGAAUAAGAUUAAGGUUUGAUUGGUAAGUAAUUAUUAUAAACUGUGAUGUCAAAAUGGAUUAAUGUUUCAGAUAAUUUGAUUUAGAUGAUUAUCUAUCAUUUACCAUCACCUAAAUAAGCUCAGUAGUAUAGGACAUCAUAUUUCUAUGAAGGAUCAUAAAAUAAUUAAGUUGCUUAAUCAAUAAAGAAUUGUAAUCCAAAUGGACCUUUCGUAAUGUUUAUAUCUAAAGUAAUAUAAGUUGGAAGAGAUAAUUAUAUAGCAUUUGGGAGAAUAUUUUCUGGAACAAUCAAAUAAGAUUAGUAAAUCAGAAUAAUGGGAUCUAAUUUUAAGCCAUGUUCAAAAGAUGAUAUAUUUAUUAGAUAGAUUGGAAAGACAGCAUGGAUUAAUGGUAGAAUGGUUGAAUAUAUUGAAUAAGGUAUUCCAUGUGGAAAUGUUAUUGGAUUAAUUGGAGAUUCUAAUGUUUUAACCAAUUCAAGUACAAUAUCUGAUCAUCCUGAAUGUCAUUUGAUUAGACCAAUUAAAAAUUCUGUUUAUCCAGUUGUUAAAAUGGCCAUAUCACCAAAAAAUCCUCAUGAAUUACCUAAGCUAAUAGAAGGAUUAAGAAGAUUAGCUCAAAUAAACUAACUCAUAGAUUAUUCAAUUGAAGAUUCAGGUUAACAUUUUAUAUCUGGAUGCAGCGAAGCACAUUUAUAAAUUGCCUUAAAUGAACUUGAAGACAAUCUAAAUGGUAUUUAAUUAGAUAAAUCUGAUCCAAUUGUUGUCUAUAAGGAAACUGUUACUGCUUCUUCUUAAAUUAUUUGUAUGGCCAAAUCUGAAAAUUAACAUAAUAGAUUCUAUGCAUAAGCUGUUUCUCUUGAUGAAAAUCUAUAAAUUGCUAUUGAAAAAGGCUUAAUCACAAAUAAUCCUUAAAGUCGAGCCAAUAUAUUAACAUAUGAAUAUGAUUGGAAUAAGAAUGAGGCUUUGAAAAUAUGGACAUUUGGUCCUAAUGAUACUGGCCCUAAUAUUCUAUGUAAUCAAACUACUGCAGUUCAAUACUUAAAUGAAAUCAAAGAAUCAAUGUAGUUUGCUUGGUAGAUCUCAACAAAGGAAGGAGCUCUAUGUUAAGAAAAUAUGAGAGGUGUUAGAGUAAAUAUCUUAGAUUGUGUUUUGAGUGCAGAAACAAUUUAUAGAGGAGAAGGUUAAAUUAUACCAACAGCUCGUAGACUAUAUUCUGCUUGUGAGUUAACUGCAUAGCCUAGACUAUAAGAACCAAUCUUAUUAACUGAAGUUACUGUUCCAAACUAAGUUACAGCUGGUGUAUAUUAAUGUCUUAGUAUAAGAAAAGGAAUAAUAAUUGAGGAAGAAUAGAUAGUUGGAACAUAACUAACAAGAAUUAAAUCUUAUCUAUCUGUGGCUUAAUCAAUAGGAUAUUCAUCACAUCUUAGAAUCUUAACUUAAGGUUAAGCAUAUCCUUAAUGCGAAUUUGAUCAUUGGGCAAUUAUAGGGGGAGAUCCAUUUGAACACGGAUCCUUAGCUAAUGAAUUAGUUCUAAAUAUUCGUAAAAGAAAAGGAUUAGGAAAUAAAUUACCUAAUAUAGAUGAAUAUCUUAAUCAAUCAUGA